GAAAAUUUCCUUCAAGGCCUCAACAACAUAAAGUCCCCCCUUCCCCCAACCCAAAAAAAAAAUAAAAUAAAAUAAAAGAAAGAACAAAAAAGGGGAAAUUAAUCACUCUGCACAGAGAAGGAUGGAACCCAGUAUACUGCUUCCACUCAUUCUCUUGUUAUUCAUCCUCUACAAAUGGCUUCACAAAAAGUCAACCCCCACAAAAAUCUUACCUCCUUCUCCACCAUGUCUGCCAUUUAUAGGCAACCUUCAUCAGCUAGGAACUUACCCUCAUCACAAUCUCCAAUCACUAUCUGAUCAAUAUGGGGAGCUCAUGCUGAUUCAUCUUGGGAGAGCACCUGUCCUCAUUGUAUCCUCUGCGAAAGCAGCUCGCGAGAUCAUGAUAACUCAUGAUGUAACAUUCUCCAAUAGGCCUAUAUCAAAGACAGGUAACAAGCUUCUCUACAAUGGCAAAGAUAUAGCAGCAGCUCAGUAUGGCGAAUAUUGGAGGCAAAUGAAGAGUAUAUGUGUGCUUCAACUCUUGAGCAACAAAAGGGUUCGAUCUUUUCGAAGUGUCAGGGAAGAAGAGAUAGUUCUUAUGAUGGAAAAGAUUGGACAGUCAUCAUCUUUAGUAGUGAAUUUAAGUGAGAUGUUUAUGACUUUAACAAAUAAUGUGAUAUGCAGGGUAGCAUUUGGGAGGAAAUAUAGUGGUAAUAAUGAAGGAGGGAUAAAUUUUAACAAACUUUUGAAGGAGUUCUUAGAGUUGUUAGGCCGUUUUCGAGUUGGGGAUUUUAUUCCAUGGUUGGCUUGGAUUAAUUGGCUUGAUGGGUGGGAUGCAAAGGUCGAUAAAGUUGCUAAACAGUUCAAUCACUUUCUCGAACAGGUUGUUAAAGAGCACCAAGAUGGUGGAGGUGCGAGCAGAAAGGGUGGAGAGAGUGAAAGUGAUGAAACAGUGAAGGAUUUUGUAGAUGUUUUACUUGAUGUUCAGAAGGAAAAGACGACUGGAUUUACCAUUGACAGAGACAGCAUCAAAGCUCUCAUUCUGGAUGUAUUUUCUGGAGGGACUGAUACAACAUACACGGUGCUAGAAUGGGCGAUGACAGAAUUAUUGAGGCAUCCCACAGUUAUGAAUGAACUGCAAAAGGAAGUCAGAGGAAUUACCAGAGAAAACUUGUAUGUAAAUGAAGAUGAUUUGGAGCAGAUGAAGUACUUGAAAGCAGUGAUCAAAGAAACCCUUCGGCUACAUCCUCCAAUUCCCUUGCUGGUUCCUAGACAAUCAACACAAGACACCAAAAUAAACGGCUACGAUAUUCCAGCAGGAAUAGCAGUUAUAACCAAUGCUUGGGCAAUUCAUAGAGAUCCUGCUUCUUGGGACGAACCCGAAAAGUUCAAUCCGGAGAGGUUUUUGAAUUCUUCAACAGAUUUCAGAGGGCAAGACUUCAACUUGAUUCCAUUUGGAGCGGGCAGAAGGAUCUGCCCUGGGAUUACAUUUGCCAUUGCGAAUAAUGAGCUCGUAUUAGCAAACCUCGUGCAUAAGUUUGACUGGAUGUUGCCCAAUGGAGCAAAGGGUGACACUUUAGAUAUGAACGAAUGCAUUGGACUCACCAAACAUAGGAAGGUUCCUCUUCUUGCUGUUGCAACUCCCUCGAUUGCAGGAAACUGAAGAAAGUAUUUGGCUUCCACUUUGAAAAGCUUUAGAUAACUGCUAGCAACUAGAAGAUGCUGCAUCUACUUCUAAUAUGAACCUGUAUGCAAGAAAGUCCUUGCAUCUUUUCUUCCGCUUCUGUUGCAGUAUGAGGUACAAUCUUAAUAAGAUCCUUCAUAUGUAUGGUAACUUCGAAUAAGUUCUUACCUUCUAACAAAUCAAAGUCAGAGCAUCAGGGUUUUACG